AGGACGCUCCGUUAAGCCCCGCCCCCGUUGCCAUGGCAGCAGGACGCUCCGUUAAGCCCCGCCCCCGUUGCCAUGGCAGCAGGAUGCUCCGUUAAGCCCCGCCCCCGUUGCCAUGGCAGCAGACGCCGUCCGGCCGCUCAUGGCGGACGCGGCCCCGGCCCCGGCGCUGCGGGCCCUGUACCGCUGGCUGGACGCGGUGCCGCUGUCCCGGCCCCGCAAGAACAUCGCCCGCGACUUCAGCGACGGGGUGCUCGCGGCCGAGGUGGUGAAGUUCUUCUUCCCCUCCCUGGUGGAGCUGCACAGCUUCGUCCCCGCCAGCUCCACCGCGCAGAAACUCGCCAACUGGGGGCACCUCAACAGGAAGGUGCUGAGUAAGCUGAAUUUGCGGGUCCCGGACGAGCUGAUCCGGCAGCUGGUGCAGAGCCAGCCGGGAACGGCGGAGCAGGUGCUGCUGCUGCUGCGGGACAGGAUCGAGCAGAGGCAGGGACGGAACCACGGCACGGGCGGGGCCGAGCAGGCAGUGCUGGAGGAGAGUGGAUACCUGGACACAGGGGAGGGGGCAGAGGUGUUUGGGAGGGUGACAAAGUCCCUGCUGGGUUUUCCAGGCCAUCCCAAGGGCAGGAGUGAUGUGGGAGGGGGCUGUUCCCGGGAGGGCGCUGCCAGGGGGGUGUCGAAGCCCCCCGUGGGGGUUCCGGGGGACGCUGCCAUGCGCCUGCAGCUGGUGGAGCGGGAGCAGGCGCUGCGGCUGGCACAGGAGACCAUCCAGAUCCUGCAGGCAAAGGUGGAGCGGCUGGAGCAGCUCCUGCUCCUCAAGAACCUGCGGAUCGACGACCUGAGCCGGCGGCUGCAGCAGGGACGGGGACAGGGACUGGGACAGGGACAGGGACAGGGAUGGGGGCUCCACUGCGGGCUCUGCUUCCCGGAUCCCGGGCUGGAGCAGUGCCAGGAGUGCCAGGAGUGCCUGGCCAUGGGCCAGAUCCCAUCCUGCUGGUCCUGA